AUGGAAAGUGUCAAAGUGGCGAAUAUCGCUGAUACUCACAUCGCCUUAAAAGGCCUACUGUUAAAAAGUCACGGGCAGCGAAAUAAAGCAGAACUGGCACCGAGAGGCGCUUUAUAUGAAGAGUUUCGAGCAGUUGCAGCUAUCAUCGACAGCUUCCACCCUCCUGACCUCUUCCAAGAGCGCAGUGAAUUUUGUAUGAAAUGUGCAAUAAAUGUUUCGUGUUGCGUGGGCCGGUUGGGUAUGGGAGAUAGAAACUCUCUGAGCUACCAAAGGCGAUAG